UUUUUUUUGCCUUUAUAUUUGGAUAGCAGCCAUUUAUCAUGAACAGGACCCUUGCACUCCGUCCAUGGACAGCGAUGGUAACCAAUGGUCCUCUUCAACUGUAUCAUCAUACUUUAUCCUGUACGAAUGGGAAAUUGGAUGAUGAGCCAUAUACUGAUGUGCCAUACGACUAUGAUGACUUCUAUGCUGGAAAUAUUGAUUCAUCUGCAUUUUCCUGUGUUUAUGGAGAACAUGGAGCCAACAUUCUUCCAGUGUUAUACUCCCUUUUGUUUGUGCUGGGCUUUCUGGGUAACAUACUGGUGGUCUGGGUGGUCUUGAUGGGAGGCAAACUGAGAACCAUGACCGACAUCUGUCUCCUGAACCUGGCUAUAGCUGACCUGCUGCUGGUCUCCUCUCUUCCCUUCCUGGCACAUUACACCAGAGACCAGUGGAUCUUUGGAGAUGUUAUGUGCAUUAUGGUCCUCAGUGUCCACCACAUUGGAUUCUACAGUGGGAUAUUCUUCAUUGUACUUAUGAGUGUUGAUCGAUACUUAGCUGAAGUUCAUGCUGUGUUUGCCUUGAGAGUCCGAACAAGGACAUAUGGGAUCUUAGUCAGUGUGUUCAUAUGGAUUGUUGCUGUUUCUGCAUCCUUUCCUGAGUUGAUGUUCCUGAAAACCACAGGUUAUAAUGAACAAAUACAUUGCACAUCUUAUCCAACAAAUGAUCAAAAUUCAAACCUUUUUUUGAGGACUUUUGGUAUCUUGAAAAUGAAUAUCAUGGGUCUAAUUCUCCCACUUAUUGUGAUUGGAUUUUGUUACUCAAUGAUUCUGAAGAGACUCCUGACAGUUCACUCUUCCAGGAGGCAGGCCAUGCGUCUAGUCAUUGUGGUGAUGGUGGUCUUCUUCUGCUGUUGGGUUCCAUACAAUGUCACAGCUUUUAUAAAAGUCUUAGAGCUGAAUGAACUCAUAACACAGUCUUGUGACAGCAGUAAGGCAAUUAGUCUAAGUCUUCAGAUCACAGAAGCUUUGGCUUACUCACACAGCUGCCUGAAUCCCAUUAUCUAUGCGUUUGUGAGACAGAAAUUUAGGAGGCACCUUUUCAGACUCUUGUACAUGGCACCCUGCUGUAGACUGCAAUUCAUGAACCUUACACAGCCCACAGUUUAUUCCCACAACACCAAUGAUGAGAAAACUAGUACAACAGUAUAAAUUGGAAAAAGACUGUCAAAAGAAAAUUGUAAGUUUAUAUUUUAUAUACAUAUAUAUGUCGUAGGAGAACCAACACUAUAGGAAUGUGCGUCAAAUCUUCUGACACUGCCAGAAUUUGAUUGCAACGGUCAUUAAUCAGCUGUCAGCAAACAUGUCAAACAAGACUUCAGAUUUUGGGGUAUAGAAUCAGAGGAAUCUUUUAGGAUUCUCAACAUUUGUCUCCAACGGCCAAAUUGUGGCCAAAAUUGUACAGUGUAAACCCAGAUGUAGAUGAAGAUCGGACCACAUUAUACGAGUAAUCAAUGCA